UUGUUAAUGACAAUCUGUUGAAGUAACUUGAUGAUAAUAUUCAAAUUUUAAAUUGUGAAGCAACUUGGAUUAUCCUCUUUGCUUUUCUUGUUUCCUAAAUGAUCUCAGAUUCCACAUCACCAUUAAGUAAGCUCGUCUUUUAUACGAAAGGAUUUGUAUUAAUUGUAAUAUCAUUAACCAUAAAUAACAUCAAAUUGAACCAAGGAGUAUUGACAACUCGAGUGCCCCUCAACGGCCUUUCCAAUGGACAUCAUAUUCCUGACGCACCAGUAAAUUUUUUGAUUAGUCCAAGUUUACUCAGUUCACAUCAGACAUUAUCACCACCUCAGUUAUCAACCAUAGAAACAUCCAAGUUUUUUCAAAAAGCCAAUCCAUCGUAUGACAACCUUGGAGAGUCAAUUGCCAAAACGAUCCUUCAUUCGUUUCAUUUAAUAGAUGAUGAUUCCGAGAUACGUCCAAAGCGAAAUAAUAAUGUAAGACGCAAAAAGACCAAGCUAAGGGAUAAUCAGUCACCAAAUGAAGCGAUUGCUGUUUAUCGAGGUGGAGAAGAUCAAGGAACCAGUUUCAUCCUGAAGGAAAGCAUCAAAAGUGAAAAUGAAAGUCCGAGUAUUGACGGCAGUAGUGGUUACAUCUUGCAAGAUGACUCUGAGAACGAAAACGGAGCUUUAACUGAUGACGAAGAAAUCCUUUCCAUUUUAGAACAAAAUGCCAAAAAGAGAAAGAAACAGAAGAAGGUUGAUAAUGACGAAGAUGACGAUAGUGCUGAUGAAGGCGAUGAUGCUCCUGUAAAAGCAAAACCAGGAAGAUAUGUAAUCAAGAAAAUAUUCAAAGGUAAAAAUGGUGAGUUAACGGCAGUUGAUUGGAUUGAAGACAGAGGCCAUGCUAAACAGGACGCAUACCAUAAAGAAGAAUGGGAAGACACGCAGCAGAAGCGAAAUGUCGUCAGGAAGAAAAUUCGCAAGUCUCCAAAUAAGGGUGAGAAGAAAGAUGAAACCAAGGAGGAUGAGGAUUCUGAUGAGGACCAAUCGUCAAAUAAAAAGAGCAAGAAAGAGAAAAAGAAAAGAAAAAAGAAGAAGUCAAACAAGCAAAAGAAGAAACUUGAAGAUGAUGAGAUAAAAGAAGCUGAAGAAACAACAAUCGACGGUGAACAUAUUCCUCAGCUGCUUUGGAGCUAUUUGUCUCGAAAAAAUGGUAAAGAUGAUUUACCGAUUGAACAAAUUAAAAUAUCCAAAGUGUAAAUGAUCUCAAUUUAUGACGUUGAGUUAGA